AGCAUUUACUCCACCAAAAGCGAAAGAAUCAGCAUUACACAACCAAUAUGGUAGCAAGAUAUAAGCGCGUCGCAGAGGCUCUCAGGAAUAUCCGCGUAGGCCCCGGUGCCGCCGUUUUCUCGCCUCAAGUCAAAGCCCUAUCUCUCACAUUUCGAUUCGAGAACUAUGCUGGUCAAAUGGGUGCACGGGUGUUCUUCAGAGAAAACCUCCCCAGAAUCCAAUACCACAAUCCCACCCUCCCAAUCACCGUAACCCGCGACCACGCAAAAGACAACGCAUGCAAGAUGAUUGUGACGAUGGCGGAUGGGACUACGCAGGAGAUCAGUAUGCUGAGGAAGGAGAGUUCGAGGAUUUGUAGUGAGUUGCUGAGUGUUGCGAAGGCGACGCCGUAUACUGAGGCUGAGGAGCCUGCGAAGACCAAGCAGACAGUGACUGCAUAGGCGAGUUAAAAAGAGGCAGAUAGAGGGACUGGGCGUGCAGGGUGUCUGGUACGAUGAAUGGUGACUGGUG